AGAAGCUUAAGUAUAACUUCAGCUGACCAAUCCAUGUUUGAGAGAGCUCAAGGAGAGAAGGUUACACUGCCAUGCACUUUUGUACUCUCGGAAAAUGAUGAAGGCCCGCUAGAUAUCGAGUGGGUCUUGAUACCAGCAGAUAAUCAAAAGAAGGAACAAAUAAUAAUUAUGUAUGCUGUAGACAGGAUUUAUAAUCAUUAUUAUGCUGCUUCAACUGGACGGAUGCAAUUUACUAAUCCUGAUCCCAGAUCUGGUGAUGGUUCAUUGGAUAUCCUGAAUCUAAAAUCAUCAGACACCGGCACAUACCAGUGUAAAGUGAAGAAGGCUCCUGGUGUUCAAAGUCAAAAAAUACAAUUGACUGUACUUGUAAAGCCAGCAAGGACUAAAUGUUCCAUUGAAGGAUCACAGGAGAUUGGAAAUGACAUUAUCUUGAAAUGUGCAUCACAAGAAGGAUCCCCUCUUCUAUCUUACAACUGGAGAAGAGCAGCUGGCACACAGGAACUGCCUGUCACUUCUAUGCUGAAUAAGAAUACAGGGGAGCUUCUCUUGAAAAAUGCCUCUCAAGACUAUUCUGGUAUAUACAGUUGUGUUGCCACAAACAGAGUUGGCACGGAUGAAUGUUCUGUUGAGCUGAAUGUCACCCCUCCUAUAAAUACAGCUGGUAUAAUUGCUGGAGCUAUUAUAGGAACUCUGCUGGGUCUCUUUUUACUGGCUUUUCUCAUCUUCUGUUGCUGUAAGAAACACAGAGAGAAGAAAUAUGAGAAAGAAGUACAUCAUGAUAUUAGAGAAGACGUCCCACCUCCAAAAAGUCGCAGUUCAACAGCCCGCAGCUACAUAGGCAGUAAUCGUUCUUCUCUGGGUUCAAUGUCGCCCUCCAAUAUGGACGGAUAUACCAAAACUCCAUAUAGCCAAGUCCCAAGUGAAGACUUUGAACGCGCUCCUGGUCAAAAUCCAAACUUUGCACCUUCAAAGGUAGCUGCACCUAAUUUAAGUAGAAUGGGCGCUGUCCCGGUGAUGAUUCCAGCACAAAGCAAAGAUGGGUCCAUAGUAUAAGAUGUUAUUAAUUUAAGCCCUGUUUUUAAAUGUUCAUUAUAAGUGUUAAGAAAAAAAACUACCUUGUUCCAUCCCUCACUUAAAACGGCAUGCAAUUUUCCUUG